AUGCAGCGCCCUGGAGUCCCUGCAGGGACCCGCCCGCCCGGGGCCGCCGCCCGCCGCGCCCUCCAGAUCCGGGCCUUCCGCACUGAGCUGAAGCACCAUGUGAUGGUCAUGGAUUUCGUGACGAGCAGCUGGCUCCCCUCCCGGAGAAGAGCCAAGGUGUGCCUCCUCCGCCUGUGCCCCGGCCUGAAGCCGGCCGACAGGAGUGCUGGCCGCUGCGAGGAGGCGCUGGCAUCCCAGAACACGAAGAUGAUUUCCUCCCUGGUCAUCUCGCAGCUGAUGGAUGAGCACAAGCCUGUGGAGAAGGGGCCCGCCGUGCCUGUGCCCGUGCCCGUGCCCUGUGCCGGCGCCCAGCCGCCCCCGUGGCCCGGGAGGUGCGCCCUGGCCACCCGCAGCGGAGUCGCCAUCAGCCGGGCCUUCGCGCUGCUUCCCGGCAAGCCAGGCCCUCCGCCGCCCGCGGGGGUGCCUGCACCUGUGCCCGCGCAAACCUCCGAGGAGGCGUGGCCGCCGGGCGGCAGCCCCCAGCGGGGGUUCGCAUCCAUCACCAUCACCGCCCGGCGCGUGGGCCCCCCCGCCAGGGCCCUGGUGUGGGGGCUUGGGGGGGACCCGCUGUGCACCCGGUGCAGGGCCCCGGACCCUCGGCCCAGCGGCCCCCCUGCUCUGGCCGGCAGCGCUGACCCAGGGCGGCACCACGGACCUCUCGCUUGCACGGAACCCUCCGGAAGCAGCCCCGGGAUGCGGCUGGAGUUCCCCGAGGCCCACGCACGGCUGUGUGACGGACACCAGUGCUGGGUGGCCGGCGGGGACCACAAGGAGGACAGUCUCUCCGGCCACAGGCCGUCCGGGCAGGGCCCGCUGCUGUUCAGCUCCUGCGUGCACCUCAGGGUGUCUCGGCCAUGCCCCAUCGCCCCCUGCUCUCCGGACCGGUCCCUCUCCGUCCCCAAGGAGCCAUCGCAGCGGGCCGGCCCCCAGAAGCACAGGUCUGUCCUGUCGCUCCACCUGAACUGCAGUUCCCACAGGCUGACACCAGAGGGGGCAGGCGGCCCAGCCUCCGGAGGGCCAAUGGGCGGCGGCCUGAAGCAGCCCCUGGCGGAGGGCCCCAGCCUCCUGGGGCCCCGCUGGGCCCCCGCCCUGCACCCCUCCGUGGGGCAGGGGCAGCUGGGGGCCGGCACAUGCCCUUGGCGUGGCCCCCCUCCGACGGGAAGCACAGACCUCGCAGAGGCGGGGACUGGGCAGAUCACUGCGAGGAAGGGGAGCGGGGACCACGGGACUCCCGGCCACACCGGCGGCCACCACACCGGUGGCCACGCCAGUGCCCACACCAACCAGCUGUCCAUCCACAUUCCCGGCUGGAGCUACCGGGCAGGAGACUACACCUGCUGCGACCUGGUGGUGCAGAUAAAGGAGUGCGAGACGCCGGAGGCCGCCGCUGCCAUCCCGGGGCCCGCGCCCCCGCCGCCACCCCGGCCCGCGCCCUCCGAGGAGCCAGAGACACCCGGCCGGCGGGAGGGCUGCUCCGAGUGCCGGCCAGCACCGGCCAGCAACGCCUUGACCUUGCAGGAGGCGCUGGAGGCCCGGCGGCCCCAGUUCAUCUCGCGCUCGCAGGAGCGGCUGCGGAGGCUGGAGCUGAUGGCGCAGCAGAGGCGGGCCCAGCGCCAGGAGAGCCCGGGGCCCAGGCCGGGCCCCCUGCCCGUCCGCACCAGCCGGAGGCAGUUCACCGUCCCCCACCCGCUUAGCGAUAACCUGUUCAAGCCCAAAGAACGGUGCAUUUCGGAGAAGGAGAUGCACAUGCGCUCCAAGAGAAUCUACAACAACCUGCCGGAAGUCAGAAAGAAGAAAGAAGAACAGAAGAAAAGGGUGAUCUUACAGAGCAACAGGCUCCGCGCCGAGGUCUUCAAGAAGCAAUUACUGGACCAGCUCCUGCAGCGGAAUGCCGUCUGA